AUGGAGUCCUCUACCAUCUUGCUCAAUCCGAACACUAGCAAGCACACCGCGCGUCCCGCUCAGCGCAGGACGAACGUCAACCCGAUCAAGGUGGAGUGGACCGCCGCUAUGGAUCGAACUCUCCUCCUCUACCAAGAACCCUCGCCACGCGCCGUUAGAGACCGCCUCGAGGAGUUGCGCAAGGAGCAAGCCGUCUUCGCCGAGAGGUCGAAGCUGAGCGCUCCAAAGAGGCCAGUCUGCAACACCAAUGCGGCAGACAUCAGCGCGCGCCUCGAGAAGGUGCGUAAGGAUCAAGAAGUCCUCCUCGAGAAGUUGAGAGCCAAGCAAGACGACGUCGAGGAGGAUUGGGUCAACAUUCCGUCGCAGAAGGAGUUCUAA